CCAACCAAGCCGAGAAAAAAAGAUCCAAGGAAACGUAUUCCCCAUCUUCCUUCUCGCGGUCAGGCCCCGUCCCCUUUCUCCCGCGUCUGCGCGAUCCCAAACCCCCUCGGCGAUCCCAGAUCCUUCGACCAUUAGGGUCACCCCACAAGCACGCCCCCGCCUCCGGCCUCCACACGCGCGUCGCCGCCAAUCGCCGUUUCCUGCCGCUCCCCGUUCGUCCUUCCUCAGUUCAUCGAGGUAUGAGGUCUUUGAUUGCUGACUGGAUCGAUGAAUUCGAGACCAGUAGUGCUCAUCUUCCUCCUGCUCGUGCUCAUCGUAACAUCACAGUUUGAGUGGAAGCAGCAGAUUGGUGAGGCCGAGGCGACCCCAGCUGCUGCGACACGACGGAGGCAACAAGCGCUGGUCGUAAGGGAAGAUGCUAUCAAAGAGAAAAUAAUAUUGGCGCAAGAGAAAAACAUCCAGCAGCUCACCGAGCUUAUCCAGAGCCUCCAGGUGCAGCUACUGCACUGCCGCGGCAGUAACAGUACUACUGCUCAUAGCGCCUCCUCGAAUCAGUCGUUGACCAAGGACAGCAAAGUGGAGGGACCGGACAUGAUGGAUGAUUGAUCAUAUGAAUCGUCACCUGAAUGAAUCGUCAUCGUCACACGGACCAGUAGGAAUAUCGGUAGAGAGUUAUGUUUAUGUAUUGAUAUGCUGUUCAAUAGGCACUAUGACAUUAGCUACGACCAUUUCCUUUUAAUUUCUUUUCUUCUUUUACCCCCAGCUUGUACAUGCUUGUAAUAUUGUAUCAUCAAGUUAACUAGCCUCACCUUCCUGAUUAAGUUUGAGACAUACCUGUACCAA